AUGAACUUGAUUACAACAAUCCUUGCUAUUACCACCACAUUGUCCGCAGUACUAGCCACUAUUUCUUUCUGAUUACCACAAAUUUCCCCAGACGCAGAAAAACUCUCCCCCUACGAAUGUGGAUUUGACCCCCUAGGGUCCGCUCGCCUGCCCUUUUCCCUACGCUUCUUCCUAAUCGCCAUCCUGUUCCUCCUAUUUGACCUGGAAAUUGCCCUCCUCCUUCCAUUGCCCUGGGGAGAUCAACUCACCACCCCAGCCUUUACACUUGCCUGAUCCACUGCCGUGCUUGCCCUCCUUACUCUAGGCCUAAUCUAUGAGUGAACCCAGGGGGGCUUAGAAUGAGCCGAAUA